AUGGAUGAGAACAACAGGACUGUCUCCAGUGACUUCACUCUCGUGGGGCUCUUCACUCACAGUAAAGCCUCAGGCUUCCUUUUCAGUGUCAUUUGUGCCAUCUUCUUCAUGGCCAUGAUAGCUAAUGGAGUCAUGAUCUUCCUGAUCCAUGUAGACCCCCAUCUCCACACCCCCAUGUACUUCCUCCUCAGCCACCUCUCCUUUGUUGACAUGAUGUACAUUUCCACCAUCAUGCCCAAGAUGCUGGUUGAUUAUCUGGUGGGUAGGGGGACCAUCUCCUUUGUCGCCUGUACAGCCCAGCACUUUCUUUACAUGACCUUUGUAGGGGCUGAAUUUUUCCUGCUGGGUCUCAUGGCCUACGACCGCUACGUGGCCAUCUGCAAGCCCCUCCACUACCCCGACCUCAUGAGCCAGCGGGUCUGCUGGAUGAUCCUGGCCAACUCCUGGCUUGGUGGUGCUUUGGACAGCUUCCUCCUCACCCCCAUCACCAUGAGUCUCCCAUUCUGUGCCUCUCACAAGAUCAAUCACUUUUUCUGUGAGGCCCCCACCAUGCUGAGGCUGGCCUGUGGGGACAAAGCCAUCUAUGAAAUGGUGAUGUACGCUUGCUGCAUCACAAUGCUGCUGAUCCCCUUCUCUGUGGUGACAGCAUCCUACACCCAGAUUAUCAUCACUGUGCACCAAAUGAAGUCGCUGGAAGGGAAGAAGAAGGCCUUUGCCACCUGCUCGUCACACAUGACUGUGGUGACGUUGUUCUAUGGGGCUGCCCUGUACACAUAUAUGCUUCCCCAGUCCUACCACACGCCAGUCAAAGACAAGGUCUUCUCUGCCUUUUACACCAUCCUCACCCCCAUGUUGAACCCUCUCAUCUACAGUCUGAGGAACAGGGAUGUGAUGGAAGCCUUGCAGAGAGCUAUGACAAGAGGUCAAGGGACCUGUGGUGUGAGGAGCAAUUAA